GCGAUCUGGGAUGCGGAAGCUACUGCAAUUUUUUGCAAACUUUGCGUGAUUGAGAAAGGAAAGGGGAAUAGGCCUCUCAAGUUUCUGAGUCCCGUUGGUUACAAAAAUCUUGCUGAGGGUUUUUUUAGAGAAACAAAGAGAGAUUAUAACAAACAACAAUUCAAAAAUAAAUGGGAUAGUAUGAAGAAGGAGUACACCAGUUGGAUGACCUUCAAGAACAAGACAACAGGUUUAGGUUGGAAUGAUGAAGCAAACACUGUGGUAGCUGAUGAUGAUUGGUGUAAAAAAAUGGGAGAAGAAAACAAGGAGUUUCUGGCAUUUCGUAAACGUGGACCUGAACAUUUGGAUGACAUGAGCAGGAUGUUUGAGAAUGUUCUUGUUACUGGAGAGAGCUCAUUCAUGCCUGGUACAAUAUCUGGUACGGUGUUGCCGGAGGGUGCAGAGCUUCAUAAUCUUGACGAAGAUGAUGAUGAUGAAGUACACGUUACUCCAAGUAGUCGUGGAAAGAGAGGCGCUGGACAGCUUGAGAACCCAAAAAAGAAAAAUCCCGUGCAACGUGAAUUGAAGCGUAUGGUUGAUCAUAUGAUUAAUGAAGAUGCGUCAGUUGCUUCUAGCAAAAUAACCAUUGUUACUGAAAUUGAAAAUAUAAUGUAAGAAGUAGUGAUGUGUGGAGCAAAAGAAGGAAGUGAUGAGCAUUACAUAGCAACAAAGUUGUUUGCUAAGUUGGAGAACCGUGCCUUUUUUCGUAUAUUCAAGACAAAUGAAGGCAAGAUGAAUUGGCUGAGGAGGAUGUAUGAGGACCGUAGGAAGAAUUAGAUGAUCUAUGCUAUGAAUCGUGAUAUUUUAUUUCUGUUAC